AUGCGUAGUAGCUUACUCCUCGUCGCGGGCGUUGUGGAGGCGCUCGUCGGCCCGCAGCGGACCGCCACGCUCGGCCUCGGCUGCUUCUGGGAGCCGUCCGAGACUUUACUGAAGCUCGACGGCGUCGUCGACACGAGGUGCGGCUACGCGGGCGCCGCGUUCCCCGACGCGAAGCCGGAUUAUAAUAGCGUCUGCGGCGGCGACGGCAACGUCGAGUGCGUGCCGGUGUGGAAUUCUGCUCGAUGGCGUGGGGUUCAACAUAGCUCACUGGAUGAUUUCCACACAGGUGCGUGCGCGUGACCUACGACGAGGCGCGCGUGUCGUACGAGGACGUUCUGGAUGCGGCGUUCGCCGCGGCCAAGCCGGUGCUCGGCUCGCGGCAGUACGCGCCGAUCGUCUUCGCCGCGAGUGAUGAGGAGGCGGAGCGCGCGGCGGCCUGGGUCGCGAUAGGCGGCAAGCGCGACGACGGCUUGGAGCGGCGCCAGUUCGCCGUCGAAACGACGGAUACGUUCUGGCUCGCGGAGGGCUACCACCAGGAGUACUGGCAGAAGUGGCGACCGCGCUACGCAGCCCUCUUCGCCCUCGUCGGCCUCCAAUACGCCGAUUCCAAACUAGACUUCCUGCCCCCGGCGGCCGACGCCGCCUGCACGGCUCUCGCCGUAUGCAUCGGCCUCCUGUUCCUCGGGGAACGGGUCCUCGACUCCGAGACGACAAAGCUAGGCGCCUAACAAACAAU